UCAAUUUCUGAGGGAGGAGAUUGACAUAAAUAGCCCUCCACUGGCAAAUUAGUUUCACUUCUGCUUGUGUAAAUGUGGCUUUGCUGCUGUGGCCACCAAAGGUUAUAAAAACCAGCUGGUUCCAAAGAUUGAAACCAGGGCAAAGAAGCUGCCAUCGUCUCCUUUGCAGACUCCUGGAACCAGAGUCAAAAUAAAAGUAACAUCUGGCUGAAUCUCCUUAAGAAAACAAACUUGGCCAUUUUUACAACAAGAGAUGGCAGAACCCGAAGAUUUUGUGGAUCAAGAGCCAUGCCCAGUUGAUGACAAUUUAUUUAAAGAACCAAUGAAAAAAAGGAGAAGAUCAGAUCGAGACCAGCGGUUCCGAGCAUUUCCCUCUGUGGAGCAAAGCUCUCUAAAAGAGUAUGAAAAGCUGGAAUCACGGACCAAAAGGGUGUUGAGCAACACUUACCAGAAACUUAUCCACUCUGUCUUUUUGGAUGACAACAUUCCCAAUGGAGUCAAGUAUCUCAUAAAUAGACUUCUUGCCUUGAUUGAGAAACCGUCACUGGAGCCUAUCUACAUUGGAUUAUUUGGAAGCACAGGGGCUGGGAAGAGCUCCUUGAUCAAUGCCAUCAUCCAGCAAGAAAUGUUUCUACCAGUGUCUGGAGAAAGUAUAUGCACCUCAUGUAUAGUACAAGUGAGCUCGGGCUGCUGCGAGCAGUAUGAGGCCAAAAUCCAUCUUCUCUCUGAUCAGGAGUGGAAGGAGGAGCUGAGGAACUUGACCAAACUCCUGCACAGGAUGGAGGAACUGGGAGGUGAAGAGGAGGAGGAAGAGGCAUGGGACAAGGCUGAUGUAGUUGAGGAAGCUGCCUGGAAGCUGCAGAUGCUUUACGGAAGUGGGGCUGAGAGGAAGAGCUAUGAGGAAUUACUGAGUGUGAAACCUACAGCAAAGAUUCCCACCUCCAGAGUCAUCACCCUAAAGGCAGAUGAGGCAGGAGAGCUGUCUGGCAAACUGGACCCCUACAUCCGGACUCAAAGGAGAGACUGGAAUGGAGAAUCAGCUGAGACACAAGUCUGGCCCUUGAUCAAACAUGUGGAGGUGAUUCUUCCCAAAUCAAUGCUGCUUCCAGAAGGGGUGGUGCUGGUGGACAUUCCAGGCACUGGUGACUUCAACAGCAAGAGGGAUGAGAUGUGGAAAAAGACCAUCGAUAAAUGCUCAGCUAUUUGGGUGGUCAGCGAUGUAGAGAGAGUGUCUGGGAGAAGAGCCCAUGAAGUCCUUCUGAAUGAGAGCAUCAAAGCCUGCCAGCGGGGCUUCUGCAGGGAUGUGGCCCUGGUGAUCACCAAGACCGACAAACUCCACUUGCCAGAAUACUUAAGGGAAAGAAAAACAGGAAAUCAAACUAUUCAAAGUAAGCGGGAGGCUGUUUUAGAAAGAAAUGAAAUGAUAAAACAACAGAAGAGUCGAAUCCUCAAGGAAAAACUUCAGAUAAAACUUCUCAGUGAUUCCAAGGUUCUGGAAACAUCAGAUCUAGUGUUCACAGUCAGUGCCCAGGAAUACUGGCAGCAGGCACUUCUUACUGAGGAGGAAACUGAAAUCCCCAAGCUGAGAGAGUAUAUCCGAACAAGGCUCUUGGACAAGAAGAGGAGGAGGGUGACCACGUAUGUUACGGAAGCUUUUGGUCUGUUGCUGCUCACAGACAGGUUCAACUCCACAGAAAGCCUGCCGAAUGAACACUUGUACCUGAGCGGCCUGCGGAGAUUUUUGGAAGAGAAGACCCAGCUGCUGGAGAAGGCUAUCGACCAGUGCUUUGCACACAUACAGCACCCUCUGCAAGAAGGAGUGAGAAAUGCCAGAGCUUCCUACCGACACAUCCUUGGGACUCAUCUAGUGAGGAGCAGAGGAAACCAGGGUUUUCACCAGACACUGAAGGCUGUUUGCCUCAAGAAUGGCACUUAUGCCUCCAGGACUCUCUCGAGAAUAGAUCUCAACCAGGCCAUCACUCAGCCCAUCUACAACCAGAUCGAUCCUGUUUUUGGAGGCAUCUUUGGGGCUAGGACACCCACAGGUUUGGCCUUGAUGCCUCACAUCGAUGCUUUCAAGCAUUCUCUGCAGGAGCAAAUGGCAGAAGUUGGGAUAAGACAUGGCUGGAAAUAUGACAGCAGCAAGAGAAGUUUCCUGAUUCAGGAGAUAAGUGCCAUCCUGGGAGGCCUGGAGGGUCACAUCCUCAGAAAGAAGAGGAGGAUCUAUGAGUCUCUCACUACUUCUGUUCAGAAUGAUCUGAAGCCAUGUUAUGAAGAGGCAGCUCAGAUCACUGGCAAAAAGGCCUGUGAGAGAAUGAAGGACGUCAUCAGAAGAGGAGUGGAAGAACAAGUGGCCGAAGGAAUGUUUGAAAGGGCUCAAGAAAGGAUGCAGCAUCAGUUUCAGCAGCUGAAGAAUGGAAUCACUGAGAAGGUGAAAGGCAGUAUUGCCACCAUGCUGACACUUGCUUCAUCCCAGGGGACUGGUCUCUAUAAGGAGCUUGCAGAUGUCAAGAGUGAGUACAAGGAGAUGGAGAAGCUGCACAGGAGCCUGAGGGAAGCAGCAGAGAAUGCAAUGCUGAGGCGAGGCAUGCAACAUUUCCUCCUGGGAAUGUCCCCCAGUAAAUCUGCCCCCCAGAAAACAUAAGCUUCGUAAUUUUCAUUCCCCAUGGGAAUAAAAAGAACAGGUUAUAACCCAAAUGGUUAGAAAUAUAUUUGCUUAAAGCAAAUUGUAAGACUUGUGAGAACAAUGGUUAUCUUUGGGAGGUUGGAGGGUGGGGAUAAGGAACUUUGGUGGUAGGUUUGGUAUGGAACUAUACAUUAUAAUCUUAUAAUCUUGUAACAGACAAUUAAUAACAAAUAAAAAUUAUUAAAAAAAGAAAUAUCUUUGCUUAAAGCAGAUCUAAUAAGGUCCAUCUCCCAACUGUUUGGGUCUUUUUCUGUAAUGUAAAGCUCAGUCUACAUCACUUCUAGUUUAGGCUGACUGUGGAAGCACCACCUUUUGUCUUUACUUACUAGUCAAAGAGAAUGCUCCUGAGUUCCUCAUAGACUUCUAAAGAUUCAGGGACAAGAAAAUCAUGUUUCCCCAAAUAAAAUCUAAACAUAGAGAACAUAUAUAUAUUGGAUCAGCAAGGUAGAUCACCUGGAUAGAGUAUCUGCUUUGUCAGCAAGGUAGAUCACCUGGUUAGAGUAUCUGCUUUGUCAUGCACACACUCAGGUUUAA